UGCAACCCCAACCCUAACCCUAUACUUCAGAAAAUUAAAGCCUGAAGCAGUUGUUGCUGGAGCAAAGGUUGGAUCACCACUCUUUUUACAUUUCUCGCAAAGUGUUCGUUGGCUUUCAGUGCCCUUCUUGCUUUUGAACCUUGGGAUGUUAAGUGCAUUUUCCAAAGAGAGAUGCGUUUCUUACUCAUCUCUCUUUGCGUUGGAAGGAUGAUGAUAUUUGUUGCAUGUCAUUUGAUCGAUGAGGCAUCCUCCCCUCUCUGCUUGAGAGACUUGUGAAUAUUACGACCUCAAACUCGCUCACUGGCUGUCGAUCCUCGCUAUUCCAGAGAGCGAGAGCGAGUGUUUCAAACAGGAUUAUAUUAAUUCAAACAGGUUUGCACUUUCUACUGUACCAUUGGAAGUCAUGUGGACUAAAACCUCUCUGUAGAUGAAUUAACACCUCAGACUGUGCGCUCACAUGGAAAUAUAUAACCUUCUGGGUGAUAUAUGAAAGACAGCGAGAAAUCAACUGUUUGACGUCUUAGCCAGCUUAUACCUUGAAGGAACAUGCUCUGGUAAACUUGUAACACUGCCAUGGAAUAAGUCAAAUCACUGUGAAACAUACAAUGAUCAUGGAUACAUAUUAAUUGUUGGAUGGUCGUGUGCCGCACAUUUGGAAUACAAAACUUUUGGAUUACGUCGCUGUGAAUGAAGAAUUGGACACUCUUGAAAAAACACAUUGCAGUCAUGGAGCCCAACCAGCGUUUUGUGGUGGAUCGCGAUCGUAUCCUUUCGGCGAGAGGACAUCGUUCCGUGUCGGCGUAUCGGCUUAAGCGAGUCGCCUCGGACAUCGACCUGCAGAAGUGCCGAUGCCAGUGCACAUGCGGACAGAGCAUGUUUUCAUCGAUGUCCACAAGUAUGACGGAUAUCAUUCAAAGAGAUGCAGAAGGGUCCUCAGGUAUUCCAUGCAGACUUCACAGAAGAUCAGCACUGAGGAGGGUACACACAUUGGCCGGUGAGCCGAGCUCCCCUAGGACAGGGCGCAACAAUCGUCAAAGAUCACCCAGCACGCCAAACGCACCAGACCCCAAGAUGUUGCAACGAGGGCUGGAUCCCGGAGGCAGAGACACAACCAAAUUCAGUCUGAUUAUAGAACUAGACGGCAACAAAGAAACGAUACGACUACCAGCUCGUAAAGACCAUGAUCUCAAGGAAGUGUUAGAGGAGACGUUGGGCAAGAAGGGUCUGACGUUAGACGACAUCGAGAUCUACAUCCAGAACACCAAGACCAAUCCCCUCCCCAAGAACGACAAGGGCCUUAGGGUACCUACAGAGCCCCUGGGGGGUCUAGAAGUCUUCAUCCUACCUGCCCUAGAGAAAACACCAGAGUCUGAGAACCGUACGGUGACAGCGACCAAGAGGAAGAAGGAUCUCUCUGCUUUCCUGGGCGUCAAAGACGACGUAAAUCCAAAGGUGGGAACCGGUCGCGAUCGGCGAAUGUCCGUACCCGCAAUAGUUUCGGCACAGAUGGAUCCCAAACUGAUCAAGCUCCAGAAUGAGCUGGACCACUACCUGGUCCAGGGCCUACCAGGCUUCCCUCCUCUACUAUCACUUCAGUACCAGAGAAAUGAGAAUGAAGAUCCGCAAAUAUUGUUUAUGGAAAGUUCCUGGAAAGACCUGAUUGAUAUCGACAUUAGGAAUACCAUGAGCAAGAGAGCUAAAGAGCUUCAAGAGGGUAUCUGGGAACUCCUUGCCACUGAGGCCAAAUACAUCAAACAGAUCAGGGUUAUCAUAGAUUUGUACAUGUGCUGUCUCCUAAAUCUCCAAACAGCGGCAAUAUUAAAUGAGAUCGAGACAGAGAAAAUCUUCAGCAAUAUCACAGUGCUAGAGCUGGCUCACACAAAAUUCUGGAAAGAGAAUCUCCUGAAGAUCGUGGAGAAAGCCAGGGACAGCGGUAAACCUAUGGAUCCUCAUGAUAUCGCUACAGCUUUUGAGGAUUUCUCCGAUCAGUUUUCGGCGUAUUUCAAGUUCUGCGCCGAGGAAGAUAGCUGUAUUCACUAUGUCAGGGAGAAGAGACAAGAGAACAAUAUACUCAGGGCCUUCUUUGAGUGGUGUGAGGGGCAUAACAUCACCAGGCAGAUGAGGCUACGAGGCCUAGGGGAUCUCCUGAUCUACCCCAUGCAGAGGGUCACCAAGUAUCACCUGAUGGUAGAUCGGGUCCAGAAGAACUGCGAAGACGAAGUGCCGAAGGCGGCCCUCAAGAAGACGUUUGAGCACAUUGUGGAGUUUGUUACCCACAUCAACCAUGAGAUCAAGAAAGAACAGGAAAGGAAGAAGAUGGAGAAGGUAGCUGGAAUACUGGAAGGCUACGAGGUUCCCAACGCACCAACAGGAUGCGAUGAGCUAAGCAGGUUAAUGGAAGCUCAUUCGGUGUUUGAUGUGAGCAGUCCUAUGCCCUAUGCCAGUCAGAUCCACCCAAGAUGGCUACUCUUAGAAGGUGCUCUCAAACUUCAAGAAAAGACGGGCAGAUCGACGCUUUAUGCAUUCCUCUUCACCGAUGCCUUGGUCCUUGCAAAGCAAAAUAGGACGGGAGAGAAAUACCGGGUCGUGAGGUCACCGAUGAGGGUAGACCAGCUAGAGGUCAUUGAACUCAAAGAUGGAACUGGCUUUGCUGUCUUGUGUGUGGAUGACUACGAUUGUGCAAUGACAGGGUUCGUGGCAUGGCCAGAGAAAGAAAAAAUGGUCGCUGUUUGGAUGGAAAAGAUCAGCCAGGCAAAGGACCUGUACAACAAAUGCUGCAGUAUCGAUGACGAUGUCGAGUACUUUGAUGAGAUGCAGCCCGAUGACCCUCAGACGCCCAUUGCGGCAUUGAUGGAGGACCAUCAUCUUCACCCUCAGCAGGGCUUCAGCUACGGUAGUUCACCGACAGCCAGCCCACAUCAAUCUCCACAGAUGGAACGCUCCAACCGCUGGAGCUCCAACAGUCCUUCCAGUCACGGCUCCAGCAGUAGCCUGCAGAGAAUGACAGAAGAGGAGGAGUAUGCCGUCCAGAACGGCGACAAGAAACUUGUCAUGAACGGCACCGGGGUCCAGGAGAACAAUAGCAAUAACCAGAGUACCGGGGAACCGAAUUCGGGUCCCCCUAAAACCAUGCCCAAGCCGUACCCCAAACUGAACCUCAGAGCCCCUCUCACCAAGAACACUUCCUACCAGGAGACAGACUUUCCAAGCGAUAGCUCGCUCCUGGGCAGCAUCCUGCCCGAGAUAGCCACGGAAGAAAACAAAUCUGGGUUGAAAGCGGCGAUGCGGCGUCUCUCGACGGGGUCCCCGCCAGAGGAGGUGGUCCCCAAGUCACCCAUGAUGUCGCCUACCCGAGAGACACAGCAGCGCAUCAUGUCGUUUGAGAGCGACGACGAUGACGAUGAAGGAGAAAUACCGUCGGUGACGACGGACAUCUACUAUCAGCCCCCUAAGAACAAAAAGGAGAAGUCGCCCCAGCGGCAAAAGGGAACUGUUCUAUCGGCGACGCCCGCCAAAAGCAAGCACCACAGACCCAGUAUGCCUAACAUCCACGUCCUGGAGAAGAAGGAGCAUAGCAAGACAAAUGGAGAGGGCACACUGAAAAAGAAAAAGAUUUGGGAAAAGAUGCAGAGUAAAAUCAAAUGAUCCCAUAGGAAGCCACUCUACCUCCCGACCCGACAGUCGCAUGAUGUCCGUCAGCAGCUUCACCUAGCCUCAUCGCUUUGCUUUGCAUGGAUCUCAGUUUACUAGAUCACACAUACACACACACUUACAUACUGUACCCUGAUAGCAACUUAUUAAUUUGGUUUAAUCUUUAGUUUUAUCAUUCCAUCUAGUCAACCUAAUUGUACCAUUGAAUGAAUUCUUGAGUUCUGGUAAUGUUGAGGGCAUCAGAAAAACUGUCUAAAAGGACGGUCUGUGUUGGCUGUCAUUUAUGUAAUGUUUUCCCGAUGAAAUACCAACUCUCAGGUCACUUGGCCUUGAGUUCGUGGAAAAUUUUGAUUCAAAAUCAAAUUUUAUUUAACAAUUAAACAUAGUUUUGAAAACCUGCUGAAAUUCGAAUACAGAACUUGAGCAUGUAUAUGCCCAUAUUUGACUAUGUAUUCCAUUUGUAGGCUCAACCAAUUUGACAUUCUUAUAAUUCUAUUCUAUUGUUUUAAUAAUUUCAACAUCUUAUCAAAAACUUUUGGCAGAUAUCACUUUUUUCCUCAAUUUUGGCACCAACUUAGUACACAGAUUUUUUGGGAUGUGGUGAGUUUUUGCUUCAUUACCAGAAGACAAGAUUGUUUUAGUUUGUUUGUGAAAGAAAGAAAGCCUUCCAUUAAAAUCAUGUUUUGUUUUGUGCAUGGAUUAAACUCAUGUCUUGUUUCAUCCAGUGUUAUAUGUCAAACCUGUUUAGAAAGACCGCUUGGAUGGGAGACACAAAAAGUUGUCUUUAUAGGCAGUUGGUGUUAUGUACAGUUUCCUCUUUAGAUGCAUGUUUCAUUGAGAAACGUUACUCUUUUAAGGAAACCUGAAGAAUGUGGUCCUUACAGACAGGUGGUCUUUCUAUGCAGGUGGUCACUAAAGCAGGUUUGACUGUAUCAAGCUUACAACCAUGAUCAUAGACGUAAUCACUGCUUAGUAGUAGAGAUAAAUGUCACUUGAUAAAGUUGAAUGAUAUACUUCCUAACAAAAUGUUUGUGCAUUUAUUGUGAAUAACAAAUAACAACUUGUCGAUUUGAAAAUUAGUGUCGUAAAAUGUUACUAGAAUUGCAAAAGAAAAGAAAAAAAAUUGCUCAACUCCUCUUGUUCAAUGCAAUGGCUAGGUUUUGCGCUUUUAAUAGGUGCCAAUUUGCAGCUCAAGCACUGUAUAUAUUAGCUAUGGAAAAAGUGUAUGUAGAUUAUGUGAAUAAAUAAAUAUAUCUUUCGUUUCAACCCCUUAAAUUGGCAUCACUAUAUUUGUCUUUGAAUUUUGGAUUCAGCAAAUAAAUAGCCUAUUUAUUUGAAAAUAUAUGAAUGAUUAUCCCAUAUUCAACUGAAACUGUCCCAUAAAUUAUACCAACAAAGUAAUCUAUAGCUUCUUUAGCUGAUGACCUGUUGUCACGACAAGAAAACUUUUUUUUAAAGAUUACACUUUUUCUAUUGAAUAGAGGUAAUUUACUGCAUCAAACAUGGACACAACUUAUGCAGUCAUUUUUGUUAUUGUGUAUUGUAAUUCAAGGUGUGUAUGAUAUCAGUUUGUGAAUUAAAACAAUGAUAUGUAUGUGCCAGGUCACAAAUAUGCAACAUUUUCAUACCUAAUGAAUCUAUUUAAUUCAUGCUGGAGGAAACCGUUGUGUGGUAGAUGAUGUCCUUGAAUUCAUAUCGGCAUGGUAAUGCACAUUUAAUCCUUGUUUUCAUACUCAGUUUUUAAAGUGCUCUGUUUAAACUGACCAAGCUACAAGUACCCGGGGUUGAAUGGUAAAAAUGAAACAUGUAUAAAUGGACACGUACAUGUAUAUCAUGAAUAUUCAAUGUCCAUUGAAGUAUAGCCCUGUAAAGAUAAUGACAAUAAUAAUAAUAAUGGGCAUUUCUAUAGCGCUGUCUAUCUAGAUAAUUCUAUUCCGAGGCGCAUUUAUUAUUACCGUAAUGUUGAUAUGAACCCCAUAUGCUCAGUACAGGAUUCUUGCAAGGAAUGUCCCUUCGUAAGGUUGGAAAAGAAAGGCAUUGUAAUAACGAUAAUAAUAAUAAUGAUGACAAUGAUGAUAAUGAUGUCAAGGAUAGUGAUGUCGACAAGAGUAACAUGACAGACACCCAUGAAGUACUUGAGACACCUUUAAAGUACAUGGUUCAAUGAAAUAUUUGUUUAUACAAACAAAAUAAACAUACGCUAUAUGAGGUAAAUGAAGUACGAGCUUCAAGCAUUAGGCAUGUUUGGGAGGAAACUGUGCCGGGGCACUGUGAAGGGAAAAAAGAAAAUUGUUCCACUGUGACCAGAAGCUAUUAUCUCUCUCUGUUUAUUUAUAAGAAGAUAUAUAAUGAAUGCAGAGCUACGGUAGAUUUCAGUCUCUUUGAAACUCCAGUGCAUGCUGCUCGAAAUUUGUUGACACCAUUUCCAUGGCGAUCACAUGAUCUCACUUCUGAGGUAUCUGGGGUUGAUGAACGUUUCAUUCCUGCUGGUGCAAUCCUCUAUCUGUAUUUCCAUCUGACCAUGAAUUCUGUCGUAACCCUGCUGUGGAAAGCAUCGCUUUGAAAGCAAUGAUUUCUUCACCUUUGUAUCUUUAAAGGCAUUGUUUCA